AUGGAACCUCCUGGUCCUGUGAGGGGGCCCUUGCAAUAUUCCAGCUGGUAUGAGCCUUCUGGCAGAGCUAGUUCUCAGACUAGAACGGCUGCAUCACUAACAGCAGCUGAAACUCUGGCCCUUCAGACAUCACGGGGACAAGAGAAGAUUAUGAUGAUGGAACCAAAGGAAGAGGAAGGUCUUGUGAGUAUGGAGACCAGGCUACCUGGGAACCACUUUACCAGUCAAGAGAUUCUCCGGGCCAACGCUCAGGCAUCUCCGCUACCAGAGACUCCUGGUCCCCGGGGCCUGAGCCAGCUACGGGUACUCUGCUGUGAGUGGCUAAGGGCCAGAGAAACAUUACCUAAGGAGCAGAUCCUGGAGUCGGUGCUGGAACAAUUCUUGACCAUCCUGCCUGAGGAGCUCCAGUCGUGGGUGCGACAUCACCCAAGAGGAGAGGAGGCUGUGACUGUGCUGGAGGAUUUAGAGAGACUUGAACCAGAACCGCAGGUCCCAGGCCCUGCACAUGGACCUGCACAGGAAGAGCCAUGGGAGAAGAAGGUUUCUGGAGCAGCCCAGGAAGCACUGAGCAUCCCCCAGACUAAGGAGACCCAGCCUUUCCCAAAGAGUGAACAGGUGUAUUUACAUUUUUUGUCAGUUGUUACAGAAGAUGGCCCAGAGCCCAAGGACAAAGGAUCAUUGCCACAACCACCCAUUACUGAAGCGGAAUCACAGGUGUUCUCAGAAAAACUUGCUACUGACACCUCUACAUUUGAAGCUACCUCUGAGGGUACCUUACAACUGCAGCAGAGAAAUCCCAAAGCGGAGACACUGAGGUGGUCCCCCGCCCAGGGGAAAAGUUUCAGGCAGAUGGUUGUCACCCAUAAGGAAAUUCCCACAGGGAAGAAAGACCAUGAAUGUAGUGAAUGUGGUAAAACCUUCAUUUAUAACUCACAUCUUGUUGUCCACCAGAGAGUUCAUUCUGGAGAGAAACCCUAUAAGUGUAGUGACUGUGGGAAAACUUUCAAACAGAGCUCAAACCUCGGUCAGCAUCAGAGAAUUCAUACAGGAGAGAAACCCUUCGAAUGUAACGAAUGUGGGAAGGCCUUCAGGUGGGGUGCUCAUCUUGUUCAGCAUCAGAGGAUUCACUCAGGAGAGAAGCCCUAUGAGUGUAAUGAGUGUGGGAAGGCCUUUAGUCAAAGCUCCUAUCUCAGUCAGCAUCGGAGAGUUCACAGUGGAGAGAGACCUUUUAUAUGUAAAGAAUGUGGGAAAGCUUAUGGAUGGUGCUCAGAACUCAUUAGACAUCGGAGAGUUCAUGCCAGAAAAGAGCCUUCCCAUUGAAUUGAAGGGGAGAACGUCUCCAGACAGGAUUCUACAUCGGUCUAAUCUACUUUAGGACUGGAUCCCAUAAAAGUUAUAAGCUCCUUAAGA